CCUUUAAAUCAUCAGGCUGUACUGUACAGUAUUUUACCCACAGUUCUGUUUUUUAGGUGUAAAACCAUCACAAACUUCAAAUUGAACCAAAACAACACUUUUCAGUGUGACAGUGGAUCAAUGUGGGGACGCUACGUUACCAUAUAUUUACAGACAAACAUUCUUAUUCUGUGUGAGGUGCAGAUCUAUGGAAUAAGGAAAGGUUUGAUGCUGAUUCCAGAGAACAGGACAUGGUUAGAUUCACUGAUCUACUGCAGAGACCACAACAUGGACCUGGCUUAUAUCCAUGACAAUGAGACCCAGGUCUGGGCUGAGUUGGAGCUACAGAACUCCACCAGUCCCUUUGUGUGGCUGGGCCUUCACUACACCUGCACUUUAGGGUUCUGGUUCUGGGUGGGUGAUCAUCCUCUACAGUACAAAAACUGGGAUCCAAAUGAAAAAGGGGCAAAUGAGUGUGACAUGAGUGUUGCCAUAAAUAAAGACAACCAUUCCUGGUACAGCAAACCUGACAAUGAAACAUUCAAUUUCAUGUGUAUCAUAUAAGAGAAAUCACUGUCUAUUGUACUGGUGUCGAUGGUGUGACUGUCCGAAUACAUUGAUUUUGUUUAACAUUGUCUUUUUUAGUCUUUCCUAAAGUCUAUCACAGCUCCUUAGUUUUGCUGAUGUUCACUUGGAGGUGGUUCUGUCCAAACCAGUCCACAAAUCUGUCCACCACUCCCUGAUUCUCUGUG